UUUUCUCUCUCUCUCUCUGUAGUUUUGAGUUUUAAAAGUGUGGGAUUUAUCAAAAACAUCAAAAUGUAUGGAGGACUGAUUUUUAUGAUUGUGACAUGCAGUGUGAACGGCUUCAACAUUCAAUCCUCACCAGUGAAACAUAUCACAAAUGAUGAUCUACUUUUUGGGCAAACCGUUAUUCAGUCAAUGGAGGGAGUUUUUGUUUCUUCCCCCACAACUGGAAAACUUUUCAGCUGCACACUAGGGAAUGAAUGUGUCUUGGUAAAUUCUCACGAUGAGACAGCAAAAGGCCUUAGACCAACAACAUCACUAGCUGCUAGCGUGAAAACAGACGACGAGCAUCUUCUGUUGUGUAAUCAAGUUGGCACAAAGAAGUCAUCAAUGGAGGAUUUGAAUGGAUAUUUCACAAUAAUAAAUCCCACAGGGAAGUUUAGACUGAAUCCUGCUGAAUUAGUUCAAAAUCAAAAUGAAGCACUCAACAGCAACAACAACAACAACAAUCGUUAUCAUGGUGGACGCAUCAAUCGUGAUGCUGGGACAGAGAUUGCUUUUGUGUUGGAUGGUUCUGGCAGCAUUCGACCUGAUGACUUUCAGAGAGCCAAAGACUUUAUCAGCAAAAUCAUGACAAAUGUUUGGAAAACAUGUUUUAAUUGUGCUUUUGCAAUAGUGCAGUACGGAAGUAGGAUUAGGACUGAACUCCCGCUUCAAGACAAUAAGGAUGCCAGCAGGACCUUGGAAAAAGUCAAAAAAAUAAAGCAACUUUACAAUCUCACAAAGACCGCCUCAGCCAUCCACCAUGUGCUUACAAAUAUUUUCGACCCUGAGAAUGGAUCAAAAAAUAACUCCAAAAAAAUUAUAAUUGUAAUAUCUGAUGGAAAGAUUUUGGGAGACCCAAUGAACCUUACUGAUGUUUUGAACAUGCCAGAAAUGAAGAAUGUAACUCGCUUUGCCAUUGGAACCCUGGGACAGAGAUUGUUUUUGUGUUGGAUGGCUCUGGCAGCAUACAACCUGAUGACUUCCAGAGAGCCAAAGACUUUAUUUGCAAUGUCAUGACAAAUGUUUGGAAAACAUGUUAUAAUUGUGUUUUUGCAAUAGUGCAGUACGGAAGUAGUAUUAGGACUGAACUCCCACUUCAAGACAAUAAGGAUGCCAGCAGGACCUUGGAAAAAGUCAAAAAAAUAAAGCAACUUGGCAAAAUCACAAAGACCGCCUCAG